GACCAUGCGUAGCUUAGUAUAACUAGACUGUGUAGCUUAGUAUAACUUGACUUUGUGACCUAGUAUAUCGAGACUUUAUAUCUUAGUGUAACUAGACUGUGUAACAUGGUAUAGACUAUGUUACACUCUGGAUUCAGAAUACAGAAUCAUCCCAGCGCCUCGAACGCAGUGAGGGUUAGGGUCAUCUGCACACUGCGCUCUCAGUCUCUGAGUCCGCCAGCUUGCCCAGUGGCGUGUAAACACACAAUCCAAACUUGAGCAUCUUUACGUUUGUGGCCGCUAUUUGAGAAAGCUCUCUAUCUAGGGCAUUUUGGAAGGGUGGACCUGGACUGGACAGAGCUAAGAUACAGCUGUGGGAGCUGCUUGACACUUGUAUGGAAUAUAAUAAAGGUCAAUCCAUGGGUCUCUGUUUAAUGCGUCUAAACCGCCUAGUUCAACAAGAUGAACCUAGGGUCUUCACUAACCCACCAAAUCCUUGGUAGCGAAUGUUGGCAUCCCCGAUUCAUGACUGUGGAGGAUGUGUGUAGAACCCAAAUUAUGUUCAUUUCAUUUUACAGACCUUGUUUUGUUUCUGUGUGUCAUUGUAAUGUAAUUGCAGAGUGAACUGCCGAACUGGGCUGUGACGCGGCCACAGGUAAGACAAGCCGUAGAGCGGGAGUAGAUGGAAAGUCUAACCCCUUUCGAUAACAAAUACCUCACAUACUAUCUCUUUGCUGCAUAACCAUGUGAUGCUUUGUCUGCAAAAAGGAUCCCUGGUGUCUGCUAAUGACCUCUAUAAUUCUUAACUCAGGACUUAAGGGGGCUGACUUGUGACUUAUUGUGAAACUGGAAGCAGUUUUGAAGCCCUAGCUUUAGGGAACUGAUGGUCUUCAAAGCCGUGGGUUUGGAUGGGGUGUCGUAGUUGUUCGGUCCAUGGGGACGGAGAUGAGUGUGUGGUCCGUCUCUACCUUCAGCCUCCAGAGUGAGUACCCUUACAUUAUAGAGAAUCCUUUGAAAACGUCACACCGAGACCUCAUCUAGAGAACCUCCAGACAAGUCCUCCAGAACCUCCAGCAGCAUCUAGAGAACCUCCAGAAGAAGUCCUCUAGCUGAAGGUGUCGGACUGCGGCAGAAGGAAUGCAGCGGAUGGACAUGGAUAAAGACGGGAUCCGAAACCUCAUGGUUCCUCAUGGGGGGGUGAAGGAAGGGUGCCGGCCCUCCAGGUGUCUGACCGCUGGGCUGCUGCUGCUGUGUGCCUCAUCCCUGGCUGGAAACGUAACUCAGUUUUACUAUCGAGGUGGUGUGGUCCAGAGGCUUCACCAACUACAGGAGAGAUACAGGAACCUGACGAGGAACAGCACGGGUCUGCACGAUAGAUACCAGACUCUGGCUGCCGAGAGAGCCAGUCUUCAACAAAGUUACCACGCUUUGACCCAAGAGAGAGACCAGCUACAGGGACAGGCUAGCACCCUUACCUCAGAGAGAGACCAGCUACAAGUCCAGUUUGGCAUCCUUACUAAAGAGAGAGACCAGCUGCAAGGCCGGUUUAGCACCCUUACUAAAGAGAGAGACCAGCUACAGGGCAGAUUUGGCACCCUUACUAUAGAGAGAGACCUGCUACAGGGCCGGUUUAGCACCCUUACUAAAGAGAGAGGCCAGCUGCAGGAACAAAGUAGCACCCUUACCAAAGAGAGAGACCAGCUACAGGGCCGGUUUAGCACCCUUACUAAAGAGAGAGACCAGCUGCAUGGCCGGUUUAGCACCCUCACUAAAGAGAGAGACCAGUUACAGGGACAGGCUAGCACCCUUACCAAAGAGAGAGACCAUCUACAGGGCCGGUUUAGCACCCUUACCAAAGAGAGCGACCAGCUUCAGGGCCAGGCUAGCACCCUUACCAAAGAGAGAGACCAGCUACAGGGACAGGCUAGCACCCUUACCAAAGAGAGAGACCAGCUACAGGGCCAAUUUGGCACCCUUACUAUAGAGAGAGACCAAUUACAGGGACAGGCUAGCACCCUUACCAAAGAGAGAGACCAGCUACAGGGCCGGUUUAGCACCCUUACCAAAGAGAGAGACCAGCUACAGGGCCAGGCUAGCACCCUUACCAAAGAGAGAGACCUUCUACAGGUCCAGGCUAGCACCCUUACCAAAGAGAGAGACCAGCUUCAGGGCCAGGCUAGCACCCUUACCAAAGAGAGAGAACAGCUACAGGGACAGGCUAGCACCCUUGCCAAAGAGAGAGACCAGUUACAGGGACAGGCUAGCACCCUUACCAAAGAGAGUGACCAGCUACAGGGCCGGUUUAGCACCCUUACCAAAGAGAGAGACCAGCUACAGGGCCAGGCUAGCACCCUUACCAAAGAGAAAGACCAGCUACAGGGCCGGUUAAGCACCCUUACCAAAGAGAGAGACCAGCUACAGGACUCAAGUUCCAAACUCAAGAAGGAGGUCAAAACCCUGAGUGAUACAGUUGAAUCCCGGAAGUGUCCUCCGGGAUGGAUUAAGUUCCAGUGCAGUUGUUACAGAGUCUAUACUACUAAGAGGACCUGGGAGGACAGCCGCCAGUACUGCAAGAGCCAACAGGCUGACCUGGUGAUCAUCAACAGCAGAGAGGAGCAGACAUUUGUCAACACACAGCUCCCGAAAGCGACGCCGAGCUGGAUGGGUUUGAGGGAAAUCCAACGGGUUUGGACCUGGGUGGACGGAACCAUCCCCACCACAACGUAUUGGGGGACGGACCAGCCCAACAACUUCGGUGGCGGGCAGGACUGUGUCUGGUACUUCCAAGGCGAAACAAUUGGAUGCCCUGGCGGAGCAUGGAACGACAUUGGAUGUCAAUCGUUAAACAGCUGCAUUUGUGAAAAGUAGAGAGUAAAUGUGUUUGAUAUAGGGAUGGAUGUGUCUAUCAUCAAGGGAUGUUAGGAUGUUGCUAGGGGAUUGUCCGGAUGUACCUGCUGAUGUCUGGAUCUGUCUUGUGUUGUAUACCGGGAAUGGGUUAACCUAGCGAUUGUUAGUUGACUAUACUGUCACUCGCCUGCCUCUUCUGAUCACUUGUGUUCUGUGAUUGCACUGUGAUUAUUCAUUGCCUGAGGGAUAUCUGUAGAAUGUGCCAUCUGUGAAAUUUAUAUGCAAUGAUUUGGGUGAUUACACAUUAGGAAUAUUUAUGUAACAAAACAUGUUGCUUCAUCGUUAACAUAAAGGAUUCAUUAUUCAAGCCUACGAUGACUUCCUCAGAUCAGAUAUUGUGUGUAACACAACCAUAACAAACCAGGGUUGACUGUGUGGGGGAAACCUUUUCAUUCAUCUUUUAUUUUCAUUAGCAGCGGAUAUCAAUACUAAUGUCAAUAGAAUCAGGUGAUAUUUCGUCCAUUAUCUCAACAUUAGCCUCAUAUGGGCUGAUUUGGCUCAAGCCUUGUUGGUUCAAGUCACUCUGGAUGAGAGCAUCGGCUCUAUGAACUGAAGCAAUAGACGGAAGUUCACAACAGUUUGAAGCCUUAGCCUUGCAGACAACAAUCACCUGUUAGAGAUGUGGUCAUCUUUAGCAGUGCUUUAUAGUCGAUAAUCAACAAUCCCCAAGAAAAACCCAUCCCAAUAUUCAUCAACAGAAAAUAGCAAACAUUUUGUGAUAUUAGGUCUUUUAAACUGUGAAUAUGUGUCGACCUGUGGGGAAGGGGAGGGGUUCUAACAUCGCAGGAGCGCCUUCCCUUGGGUUCCACAACCAUCCCAUCAUCAGGAAGAUGACUCCACCUCACGGCUGGUUCCACUUGACUGGUCGUUCUGGGUGUCGCAUGGCUGGACCACUUAACCACUCCAUCAAAAGUUGGAAAAAAGGUUCAGAAGUCUCCAUCGAUUUGGAACAGUGAACAAAGACCCACGAGUCGGCCUGUGUCAAAACAAAUCUUUAUUGAUCUCCUUUCAGAGGCAUAAUAGCUGUGCUGCCCUUGAUAUGUGUGGAGUAUAUCUUGGCUUUACGCUAAACACCUUCUGUUCAUCACAACUCUGAAGAGAGUUGUCAGUUCUCCACAGGUUUAAUGAUUAGAAAAGGGUGAAACUGAGAAUAAUCAGAAAGAAUAAUCAGAUAAUAUUCAAUGUAGGUAUGAUUUAAACACACUGUAAACACACUUGUCAUUAAUUAAAUUACUUAUAUUUAGAUCCU